AUGUUCAAGCUCCGCGACGAAUAUGCCAUUAAAGAGGUCUUGCAAUACCAUGGCAUAGGUGCUAAGUCUGCCUUCUGCUUGCUGAGCAUCUGCUUGCAGAGGCAGAGCUUCGCUGUCGACACGCACAUCUACAGGAUUAUGGGCUUGUGGGGCUGGAGACCAAGAGACGCAAGCCGAGAGAAGGCUCAGACCGAUUUGUAUUAUGCGAAGAUCCCAGGCGAGCUCAAGUUUCCACUACACUACCUAUUCAUUGUGCAUGGGAGUGAGUGUCCGGUGUAUCGUGGUAAUGGUGACACUUCAGCCAAGUGCGAGUUUGAGCAACAAUACAGUAAACUUGAAGGUCAGGAUACGUAGUUUUUUUGCAAUCUUUAAUCAAACGUUUGACAUGCU